GGUUGGCAAUGGUAGCCAUAAAAUCUGGCCAAAUCUGUGGAAAUGACGUCAUAACGUGAAAAUGGUGGCUUCUGGAUAUAAACACGGAAGUCAAGAAGAAGAAAUACAUGCAAGGUGGACAGAAGAUAAACCUUUAACAAUCAUGGCAGGGCACCCUGUACCCAUCGUUCUAGUUUCAAAAGAUCAUAAAUUUGAGCUUGAUGAGGAGGCUUUGGAAAAGAUACUUAUGCAAGAUCAUGUAAAGGAUCAUCAUGUUGUUAUUGUGUCAGUUGCUGGUGCGUUUAGAAAAGGCAAAUCCUUCCUUUUAGAUUUUUUCCUCCGGUAUAUGAAAGCUCAGCCAUCACCUGAUUGGAUUGGAACUGAUGAUGCUCCACUUGAUGGCUUUUCAUGGCGUGGUGGGUCUGAGAGAGACACCACAGGUAUUUUGUUGUGGUCUGAGGUAUUCUUGACAGACCUUCCAAAUGGUGAAAAAGUUGCUGUACUUUUAAUGGAUACUCAGGGUGCAUUUGAUAGUGAAAGUACAGUGAGAGAGUGUGCUACAGUGUUUGCUCUCAGCACAAUGCUCAGCUCUGUGCAAAUAUACAAUCUUUCUCAAAAUAUUCAGGAAGAUGACCUUCAGCACUUGCAACUGUUCACUGAAUAUGGAAGACUGGCUCUUGCUGACUGUGGCCAAAAACCUUUCCAAAAGUUACAGUUUUUAGUUAGAGACUGGAGUUUUCCCUAUGAGGCUGAUUAUGGCCCAGAUGGUGGUAAAACAAUCUUGGAAAGGCGUCUGGAGGUUUCAGACCGACAACAUCCUGAGUUGCAGUCAUUACGAAGACACAUCAAAUCAUGUUUCACAGAUAUUUCAUGCUUUCUCAUGCCUCAUCCUGGUCUAAAUGUUGCAACCAAUCCCCGUUUUAAUGGAAGAUUAGGAGAAAUUGAAAAUGAAUUCAAAAAAUAUUUGCAAGUAUUGGUGCCUGGGUUGCUAGCUCCCCCUAACCUUGUUGUUAAGGAAAUCAGUGGCCAGAAGGUUAAGGCAAAGGAACUUCUACAGUACUUUAAGUCCUACAUUGAGAUUUAUGAGGGUGAUGAGCUGCCAGAACCAAAAUCUAUGCUUGUUGCAACAGCAGAGGCUAACAAUCUCUCAGCAGUGGCUGAAGCAAAGGAAAUGUACAGCCAGCUCAUGGAAUCUGUCUGUGGUGGAUCUAAACCAUACCUUAACACAGCCCAUCUUGAUGCAGAACACCAGCGUGUGAAAGAUAAAUCACUUGAACAGUUCCGAUCCAAACGAAAGAUGGGGGGAGAUGAAUUUUCUGAAAAGUAUAGAGAGAAACUUGAGCAGGACUUAGAAGAUGUCUAUGCCCAGUUUAAGAGUCACAAUGAAAGCAAAAAUAUUUUCAAAGCAGCUAGAACACCAGCUGUGUAUUUUGCCAUUGUUGCAGCAUUUUAUAUCUUGUCUGGAGUUUUUGGACUGUUUGGCAUUUAUUCAUUGGCUAAUAUGUGUAAUCUCAUCAUGGGUAUUGCUUUAGUCACCCUGGUUACAUGGUUUUAUGUAAGGUAUAGUGGAGAGAUGAUCGAGUUUGGAGCCCAGUUAGAUGAAUUGGCAAACUUCUUAUGGGAAAAUAUUAUGAAGCCUGUGUAUGAACUCUUCGUAGAGUCCAGUUUGCAGCGAGCAGCAGUGCUGGCUGCAGAACGAGCAGCUGUGUCUGCUGUUUCUUCUUCACAUGUGAAUGGCAAAGUGAAAUACUCUUGAUGUGCUCGUCUACCCCUCCACUAACGAUUUUACUGUUUAUCUAAUGUACAAAAAAUAAAUUUGUGAUUUGGUGUUCAUAUUUUGAUAUCUUGUUUUUAAUUCUGUUCAUCAGGAAAAUGAUGUGACGUUAAUAAUGUUAUAAAGCAAAUUUUACAUGUAACAAGUUUUGGCCAAAUCUUUUAAAAUAUUCUUUUUUCACUUCACUAUGAAAUUUCAGAAAUUUCAGCCUAAGAGGAAAGAAAUGUAUUAUUACCUUAUUUCAGUUAACUUUUCUGCAAUAUUAUUGUGUACAGAUCUAAUUUCAAAAUCUUCAAAUACGUACUCUAAAUGUCAAUUUACAGCUUGUUUUUGUACAUCUAGUCCUCUCUUUUGUUGGGAAUAAAUUGCUGGUAUUUUAAAACUUUCUUUAAAUUUGUGUUAAUUUCUUUGGCAGCAUGUGUAAAGACCAGUUUGAUAAGUAAAAUAUUAUCAUAGAAAUUUGUACACGUUCUUGUAACUAUUCUUUUUUGAAAACCAUGAUUAACACUGACACCUGAAGAAUUAGAAGAAGGGUGGGAACUUGUAUAAUGUGGGUAUAGAUGGUCUUUGUUGUGAUUUCUAUUUUAAGAAAUAGGCAUUUUAAUGUUAGCUGCUCAAAUAAAAUAACUCAUGUCACCUCUUUCAUCCGUGACUUUUAGCAGGUGGAGGUUUCUUGUUAAUGUUUUUGUCUGUUAGAUGUUUGUCAUGUUAUGCUUUCCUGAUUGCGUAAUGUUGUUUGUCUUCUAUUUAUGUUAUGUCAUUGUGUCAUGUAAUUUGAUUUGGAGUGAUUUGUACAAUGUUUGCUCUCUGUACUAGCCAUGUGAAGAAGUCUUGUAAUAUACUAUUAAUGAGUGGUCAUUGAGGUGAUGUGUUUAGUCUUGUUCCAGUUUGUUGUAAUAAUUGACGAUUAUCUAAUGUAACCUGAUCACUGAUCACUCUUCUAAAUUGUAUUACCAAUUUUGGCCAAUGUAUACUAUUUUUUUUUUAUUAUUUUUUUGUGUGUGUUGGGGGGGGGGGGGGGGGGGGGGUAGGGGUAAAAUGUGACAUGGUUGAAAAUGUGACAGUCAAAUUAGCAUAUGUACUAUGUAGCUAAUGAAAUCUUCUUUCGUCCCUUAUGUUCUUUUUAUCCUGAUGAAGCUUACUUGUCCUUUUUUUAAGGCUUUACUAUUUAUUUGUAUUAAACAAUAGGUUUUUAAUUGUUGUUUGUAGUUGUGCUAUAUUGGGAAAAAAAGGAUGCUGUUUACAAGUGUAAGUUUAAAUCAGUGCACUUAAAAAUCAAUUUUUUAAAACUUGUUUUCUUUUGUUUUUGUUUUUUUCUAGUGUUUUUUUUUUUUAAAUGCAUAAAUCAAUCUUCAUUCUUAUUUUCCAUUUGAUUUAUCUAUUACAAGGAAAAAUUCAGUCACUGACUUUGGCAUUCUCAUUCACCACAAGUGAAACAUCAUGAUGAUAGAAGUGCAUCACUCCAUGCUACUCCCGGUUCUGGUUCAUUCAAAUAUGUCACUGUUAAUAUUUUACUGCAUCUUAUAUCUUGUUCACUUUGCCUGGAAAUUACCCUUACUCUCCCAACUGUGACUCAUGACCCUCAAUAUUUAUUUUUUUUAACAUAAUUUUAUUGAGAGGACGGCACUAGUAAAAUUUUAGUUGAACUUACGUUAGAUCAUUACUGCAAAUAAAGCUGGUUCGCUUUUGUUCGCAUCAGAUUUGUAUCACUUAAUAUUUAGUUACUAUCAAGUAAGUAGAAUCUGCAACUCAAAUGCUUAGAGCAAGGACCCACAAGGAAGAUAAUAGGUGUCAAACUCUGACAAUGAGUCCGACCAGUCUAUGGUCUCAAUUUGUUAAGCUGAAUCAGCAUAGGUGUCUUAAUACGAGGGUGUGAUCUAAUCAUAGUCUGGUCAGACUAUUUGUGGGGCCCUAAAAUGUUGAGUGGCUUGCAUUUUAAAAUGCUUUGAAGUAAUGUAAUUUUUUUCAUAAUUUCUCUAAUUUAAGUUGGUGGUGUGCAUUGGAAAGUACACUGUAAUCAAUUUGUACCUUUGACUUAUUGUGAUAACAUUCAUGGACCAAUAGAAAACUUUUAUGGAUGUGAAGCGAAUCAGUUUUAUUUGUCACUUUUUUAGCCUCUUAAAGAUCUUAUGUGCUUGGUUAUGCCAUUUAUGUGUUAGAUUUUCAUAUUGUUAAUGGGAAAGUUAUUUUCUUUGUGUGUAACUCCCUCAUUUCUUGUAAAGAUGUUAACUAAUGGUCAGCUGGAGCAUUAAAUUUUACAAUUGGGUAGGGGUUCUGAAACAUGAUUUUAGUGUUAGCCUUCACAUCCAGUGUAUCAAUACGUUUGCUGUCUUAAAAUUACAGAAGUACAAAUAUUGCUGCUAAAAUUAUCUUCUCUAAGAAAAUCUCAUGUGUUCAUCAAAUCCACUUGACUGAUUUGUCAAGCACAAACUUUUGAUGGAAUUAUUUUCAAAUGUAAGGGGCUGAGGUCUCUUCCUUUGUGGCACAAGUGACCUUUUAGUCAGUAAUCGGUCUUUAAAUUUAAAACUGUGCAUGCAACAAGAAUAAUUUGAGUUCUAACUUCAUUGGUAGUUUUUAACAUUAUCUUCACGGGUAAACUGCUCUUUUAAUUUCUACCAUGCCCGUCCAGCAUGUUUGUUGUGCCAUAAUCAAUGUUAAGGGCAAAUUUAACUGGAAGAAAAGAUGUGAAGGCUUUGAUUUAUUUUGUGAUAACAUGUUGCCAAUUGUAUAUCCCUGUAACUCUUAAAUAUCAAACAAAAAAAAAUACAUAUUUUUCUAGCACAA